UGAACUUUGAAUUAGAAUCUGACGCGCGAACAUAGUAAGAUAAAUGACAAAGUCAUGACAAUAACAAUUUCAAAUAGUUUUAUACUAUGAAAAAAAAAUAACAUUAGCCUAAUAACCAAGCAUUGUUGUAAAAAAUAACAAAUAAACUGUCUAAUAAAAUAUAUAAAUAAUAAUUAAAAAAUAAAUUUUGGAAAAAUCUCGAAAUAGUGACUUGUGUACGUGAAAAUUGAUUUUUUUUUAUAUAAAAUUAAAUUUUUUUGGUAGUGUGUUAUGUGAUAUCUCUAUUAAUAUGAUUUAAGGUUUUUAAUGAUAAUCAUUGUGAGAAGACAAUGAUUAAUACAAGUGUUUUGAAAUAAAUUGUGGGAGGUUCUGGCUUAACCAAAAAAUGGAUAACGAAUUUUUAGAUAUUUCAACUAGCCUAAGGCUACAGCUAGCCUAUGGUAUUGGACAUAUAUUAAAUGAUGUAUGUGCAAGUUUAUGGUUUACAUAUUUUUUAGUAUUUUUCCACCUUGUACUUGAAUUCAGUCCUUCCCAGGCUGGAUACUUAAUGUUAAUAGGUCAGAUUGUAGAUGCCUUAUCUACUCCAUUUGUAGGCUAUCAUUCUGACCACACAAACAAUUUUAUGAGUGCAAGAUAUGGCAAAAGAAAACUUUGGCAUUUGUUCGGUACUGUGUGUGUGCUAAUAUCAUUCCCAUUCAUUUUUAUGGAGUGUGUGGGCUGUACAUUGACGCAUAAAUGGGCACAAAUGUUUUACUUUGCUGCUUUUAUUGUUGUAUUUCAAAUUGGAUGGGCUGCUGUGCAAAUAUCUCAUCUUAGUCUUAUUCCUGAAUUAGCUGAAGAUCCUCAUGUUAGAACACAUCUCACUGCUAUUAGAUAUGGUUUUACAGUGUUCUCUAAUAUAUUUGUCUAUUUAAUGACAUGGAUAAUAUUACAUGUUACGGGAAAUUGUGAUAAGGAGCAAGUAGGACCAUCUGAUGCAUGGAAGUUUAGACAAAUAAUGCUCAUAGUUUUAAGCGUGGGCACUAUAGCAUCAGUAUUGUUUCACUUUUCAGUGUCUGAAAAGCCAUCACGUAAUCAAAUAUCUACCAAUGAAUAUGGAAGUAGUACUCUACAUUGUGAUGUACUCCGCAAGUUCUUAUUAUAUCAAGUAGCUGGUAUAUACAUGAGCACAAGGCUCGUUGUUAAUGUAUCGCAAGUUCUUAUUCCGCUGUAUCUCCACCAUACCCUUGGGUUAGCAGCUAGAGCCCUGGCUGUAGUGCCGCUAGCAAUGUAUCUCGGAAGCUUGGCUGCAGCUGGUGUUCAGAGGUUGGCCCCAAGAUCUUUCACACGAAAACUAAGCUAUUUAUUGGGUUCUGCAUGUGCAUUGAGUGGUUUUAUAUGGGUUUACAUCGAUUCCAAUCAUAAUUAUAAAGUGAAUUUUAUUUACGUAGUGGCUGUAUUAAUAGGUUUUGGUGGAGCACAAAUGCUUGUUACAAGUCUGUCCCUAACAGCGGACCUAGUUGGUGAUAGUACAGAAGCAUCGGCGUUUGUCUAUGGGAUAAUGAGCUUUAGUGAUAAACUGUCUUGUGGAGUAGCCAUUGCUUUGAUACAGAUGUAUGCUGAUAGUGGUGGUCUGUAUUACUAUCGGGACGCAUUAUCGUGGGUGUGUGGAUCAGCAACGAUACUGGGACUUGUACUUACUUUGGUUUUACCAAACCGAUCACACAACUCUUUGAUUGUAAAUGGUCCCUCGCCCAUAAAUGCAGAUGAAGACGAAAUAACAUCAUCUUCAGAAUAGAAGAUCCGUUAUAAAAUCUAGAAAUGAUUUUUUUUUACACUUUUUAAUGUAAAAACUAGAUAUACGUAAAUAGUGAGAAUUUUAUACAACUGUAAUAACAUAGUAAUAAUAGAAGACAUUCUAACACAACUACCAUAUAAUUUAAAUCACGUUUUCAAAGACAUAAACACUAAGGACAUAUCUUUAUUAUUGUUACAGAAAUAUUGAAAUAAUAUAUAUUUUGUUAACUAGUGAAUAUGUUCAAUUUUUAAUUUUGUAUAAGUUUAUUUUUAAUUAUAAGAUAUAUUAAAUAUACAUAUAAGAAAAUGAAAAAAAUAUUCAUUCACAGUAUCUUAUUUUAUAUUUUAGGCCCCUUAUAAUUGUGCUUGCGCGGGUAGAUAUAAAAUUGAGACGAGGUUUUUAAUUAUGGAAAGGUCCUUAUUUAUUGAAUAGAAUGGGUGUCUGAGUUACAGAAACAAAUAUUUUAUUGAAAUGUAAAGUUAAUACAUACUGUAUAUGUAAUGUAUACAUACUAUGUGUGACUGUUAGUUGGUAGGUUUCAUAUCUGAUAUUAUUUUUAAUAAAUUAAAUGUAGAUCAUUUAUAAGUAAAUCAUUUAUUAUUAAUUCAUUGAACACUUAUUUUGAAAAAAAAAAACUAAACAAAAUUUUGUAAUUUCUACAAAUUAAUAUAUCAAUCAGUACUUUGUAGGGACCAAGUGUUUCUUAAAUAUGUUCUGCAACUACUAUUUUCCAGAGGCUAUUUAGAUGCCAAAAAGUAUUUUAUGUACCUAAUAUUCGAUUCUAUAAAUUUGAAAUUGUUUAAACGAAUUUAAACUUUAUACAGUGGCAACUUUGUUAAAAGCACCACCACCUGUGUAAUAAAAUGUUUUUCUUUAAUAGCAUAAUGUAUUGCAUUUCAAUAACUAACAAUUACUAUAUAUUGUUUCCAUUUAAAUAAACAAUUUUAUUGAUUGUAAAAUGUCUUAAUUUCUUUUUUUAAUUCUAGCAGUCUUGUAUUUGAAAGUAAAAGAUUUUCGUGGGAUUUGCAAGACUUGAUAAAACUGAAUAUUCUCUUAGUAGA